UCUAAACUUCUAAACUUUUGCCCGCUUCUUUUCUCAGCAUCCACAUUUCCUUUUCAACAAAGACAAGGCCAGUGAAGACCAACAAAAAUCAGUAAAUCAUGACCGGUCCAAAACUCGUUCUCUACAACUCAGUUGCCUGCCCUUACGCUGCACGCGCUGUUAUCGCUGCUGAAGAGACCGGUGCUCAACUUGAAAUCGUUCCCAUUGACUUGAAUGUCCCUCGUCCUGACUGGUAUCUCAAGGAGAUUAAUCCCUAUGGACAGGUCCCUGCUUUGAAGGUGGACGAUAAACACGUCAUCCUUGAGAGUUUACUCGUUGCUGAGUAUUUGUCAGAUCUCCAUCCAGGAGCUGGUCUCUUUCCCACGGACCCCUUGCAACGUGCUCAGACUCGCUAUUUGAUCCAUCACUGGGGCAACCGCACUCACCCCGCUUUUCAUAAGGCUGCUUUCGUCUUGGACCGUGAACAGGCUGCAAAACACCGCGAGGAGUUCAUUGUCGAGCUUGAGAAGUUCAACAGACUUUUGGAGAACGUUUACCGCAGGGAGGAGGAUGGCAAUGGUCCUUUUUUCCUUGGUGACAAGUUCACGUUUGCUGAUUUGGCUCUUGGGCCUUUCAUGAGCCGUUUCAUUCUCUUGGGCGCUUACGAUAACGGCAACAAGGAAGUCACCCUGGAGGAUUACCCUCAAUUCAAGCGUUUCUUCGAAUGGAAGGAUGCUGUCACCAAGAGACCCUCUGUCGCCAAGGCUUCUUACCCUAGAGAGAAGUUGAUUGAGGCCUACAAAAAGUUCCUCCAUUGAAUAUAGGUUUGACCUCCUCCCUCUUCCUUAUUCCCACAUACUGCAGCAGCAUUUUGAUGCAAGUUGUCGAGGGGUCAAGAAAAACAUCGGGUACAUGUACAGCAUCAUUUAAGUGAAAUAAAACAUCGUAUAUAAUCUCC